AUGGAGGAAGCUUUGAAGAUUCAGUCUUUGUUCAUUUAUCCGAUCAAAUCUUGCCGUGGAAUCUCUGUUCCUCAAGCAACCGUAACUACUACUGGGUUUCAAUGGGACCGGUAUUGGUUAGUUGUGAACUACAAAGGAAGAGCAUACACUCAAAGAGUUGAGCCAAAGCUUGCUCUUGUCGAAUCGGAGUUGCCUAAGGAAGCUUUCUUGGAAGAUUGGGAGCCAACAAAGAAUUCGUUUUUGGUGGUAAGAGCUCCUGGUAUGAGUCCGUUAAAGAUACCGAUGACUAAACCGAACUCGGUGGCGGAAGGUGUUUCGAUGUGGGAAUGGUCUGGCUCUGCGUUUGAUGAAGGAGAAGAAGCUGCAAAAUGGUUUACAGAUUAUCUUGGAAAACAAAGCCGUUUGGUUCGGUUUAAUAAAGAAACUGAAACUAGACCUUCGCCUCCUGAGUUUGCAGCAGGUUACUCUACAACAUUUGCAGAUAUGUUUCCAUUUUUGGUUGCAUCUCAGGCUUCUUUAGACCAUCUGAAUACACUUCUGCCAGAACCGGUGCCUAUGAACCGUUUUAGACCCAAUAUUCUUGUCGAUAACUGUGAACCAUUCGGUGAAGAUCUUUGGGAUGAAAUCAAGAUAAACGAUUUAGUUUUUCAAGGAGUUAGGCUAUGUAGCCGCUGCAAGGUACCAACUGUGAAUCAAGAAACCGGGGUUCCGGGUGCAACAGAACCAACUGAAACUCUGAUGAAAUUCAGAUCAGACAGUGUCUUGAUGCCGGACAAGAAACCGCGUGGAAAGGUUUUCUUUGGUAAGGAGAUGGUUUGGAAUUGGAACCUAACCAACAGUGAAGGCAAAGGUAAGAAGACAAUCAAAGUUGGUGAUACCAUCUCUGUCUUAAGGAAGAUCCCUUCCAGAGCUGAAGCAGCUGCUUAA